AUGCACAGACGCACAACUGCAUACGCCACCGUUGGUGUUCAAAGGUUGCGUACUGAGCAGAACGACACCGAUGCACGUUUGCUAGUGCUGCUGGGCUGUCUGCUAGCAGCAGCUAGCAGCGAUGCUGAGAUUACGACCGUGCUGGGACAGAAUGGUUACGACUACACUCCACCGAAAGUGCCCUUCCCGCCGCCACCAAGCUGCCCGGCUGGUGGAGUUCCUCCCUACUGUUGCACCAACGGUGGACAAGGACCCAACUGUGUAGUCCCCAGACCGCCACCUCCACCACCACCACCAAGCUGCCCGGCGGGAGGAGUUCCACCCUACUGUUGCACCAACGGUGGCACAGGACCGAACUGUUACGUGCCACCGCCUCCAACGCCUCCACCGACGCGGCCACCUCCACCACCGCCAGCAUGUCCGGCCGGAGGAGUCCCGCCGUACUGUUGUACUAAUGGAGGUACUGGACCUAACUGCUACGUUCCACCACCGCCAACGCCUCCACCGACGCGACCUCCUCCACCACCCCCAGCGUGUCCGGCCGGAGGAGUCCCGCCGUAUUGCUGUACCAACGGAGGAUCUGGACCGAACUGCUACGUUCCACCACCGCCAACUCCACCUCCAACACGGCCUCCACCACCUAGUUGCCCGGCCGGUGGAGUUCCUCCGUACUGCUGCACCAAUGGAGGUAGUGGUCCAAACUGCUAUGUACCCCCACCACCAACAAGACCGCCUCCGCCGCCACCAUCCUGCCCGGCAGGUGGAGUUCCACCCUACUGUUGUACUAACGGAGGUACCGGACCCAACUGCUAUGUGCCACCGCCACCCACCCCACCGCCAACGAGACCUCCACCAAGCUGUCCGGCCGGAGGAGUUCCUCCUUACUGCUGUACCAAUGGAGGAUCCGGUCCGAACUGUUAUGUACCACCGCCUCCCACUCGACCACCGACUCGGCCACCAAGCUGUCCGGCCGGAGGAGUGCCACCUUACUGUUGCACUAAUGGCGGCCAGGGGCCCAACUGUGUGGUGCCGACGAGACCACCGAAGGGAGAUGAGUACCUGCCACCUUGCCCGAACGGAGGUGUAGGACCAAACUGUGUAGUACCGACACGUCCACCAGUAACUCCGGCGCCAAGGCCUCCAUUCGGAUGUCCUAAUGGCGGAGUUCCACCGAAUUGCUGCACAAAUGGAGGACAAGGACCAAACUGCGUGAUUCCCAGACCUCCUCCGCCACCGCCUAGCUGCCCGGCCGGAGGUGUUCCACCCUACUGUUGCACCAACGGGGGAACGGGUCCCAACUGCUACGUCCCACCACCACCCACUCCACCACCUACACGUCCUCCUCCACCACCGCCAACGCGUCCUCCGCCAGCUUGUCCGGCCGGAGGAGUUCCACCAUACUGCUGUACCAAUGGAGGAACUGGCCCGAAUUGUUACGUUCGCCCUCCACCGACUCCACCACCGACUCGGCCACCUCCUCCGCCACCAACACGUCCACCAAGCUGUCCAGCCGGAGGAGUUCCUCCGUACUGUUGCACGAAUGGAGGAUCAGGACCUAAUUGCUACGUUCCACCGCCUCCAACUCCACCACCAACGCGUCCUCCACCUCCUCCACCAACUCGCCCGCCGAGUUGUCCUGCAGGUGGAGUUCCACCGUACUGCUGCACGAACGGAGGAUCCGGCCCGAACUGCUAUGUCCCCCCACCACCGACACCACCGCCAACUCGACCACCUCCUCCGCCACCAACACGUCCUCCGAGUUGCCCAGCAGGUGGAGUUCCACCGUACUGCUGUACGAAUGGUGGAACUGGUCCGAACUGCUAUGUCCCACCGCCACCCACACCACCUCCAACAAGACCACCACCGCCACCACCAACUCGUCCACCGAGCUGUCCGGCCGGAGGAGUUCCUCCUUACUGUUGCACGAACGGUGGUUCAGGACCCAACUGUGUUGUACCAACGAGACCUCCGCCACCAACGACACAAAGCAAUCAAUAUCUUCCGCCUUGUCCUAACGGGGGUGUUGGACCCAACUGCCAAGUACCACCAACUCGUCCUCCGAGCUGCCCUGCAGGUGGAGUUCCUCCUUACUGCUGUACUAACGGAGAUACUGGCCCGAACUGUUAUGUACCACCACCACCACCACCACCAACAAGACCUCCGCCUCCUCCACCAACUCGACCGCCGAGUUGUCCGGCCGGUGGUGUUCCUCCCUACUGCUGUACAAACGGCGGCACAGGACCUAACUGCUACGUCCCACCUCCACCAACCCCACCUCCUACUCGUCCUCCUCCUCCUCCGCCAACUCGCCCUCCGCCAGCAUGUCCGGCCGGAGGAGUUCCACCAUACUGCUGUACUAAUGGAGGAUCUGGCCCGAACUGCUACGUUCCCCCUCCGCCGACUCCACCACCGACCCGACCACCGCCUCCUCCGCCAACUCGCCCACCGAGCUGUCCAGCCGGUGGAGUUCCUCCGUACUGCUGCACAAAUGGAGGUACUGGGCCGAACUGCUACGUUCCUCCACCACCAACCCCACCGCCUACCCGUCCCCCUCCGCCACCGCCAACGCGUCCACCAAGCUGUCCGGCCGGAGGAGUUCCUCCCUACUGUUGCACGAAUGGUGGAACUGGUCCGAACUGUUAUGUUCCACCUCCACCGACACCGCCUCCAACUAGGCCUCCACCACCACCUCCGACUCGACCACCGUCUUGUCCAGCCGGAGGAGUUCCUCCGUAUUGCUGCACGAAUGGCGGAACUGGACCUAACUGCUACGUUCCACCGCCUCCAACACCUCCACCGACACGGCCACCCCCACCACCGCCAAGCUGCCCAGCAGGUGGAGUUCCGCCGAACUGCUGCACGAACGGAGGAUCCGGCCCGAACUGCUACGUUCCAACACGUCCACCGCCUCCACCACCUACCCCUGGGAAGGACAAUGAGUAUCUCCCCCCGUGCACUAACGGAGGAGUCGGUCCCAACUGUGUUGUUCCAACGAGACCUCCUCCUCCACCCACUCGUCCACCACCGGCAUGUCCGGCCGGAGGAGUGCCACCAUACUGCUGUACGAACGGAGGAACUGGACCUAACUGCUACGUCCCACCUCCACCAACCCCACCACCGACGCGGCCACCUCCACCACCACCGGCAUGUCCGGCCGGAGGAGUGCCACCAUACUGCUGUACGAACGGAGGAACUGGACCGAAUUGUUACGUACCACCGCCUCCAACUCCUCCACCGACGCGGCCACCUCCACCACCCCCAGCGUGUCCGGCCGGAGGAGUCCCGCCGUAUUGCUGUACCAACGGAGGAUCUGGCCCGAACUGCUAUGUUCCACCGCCACCUACCCCACCCCCAACUAGACCACCCCCACCAACUCGCCCUCCGCCGACAUGUCCGGCUGGUGGUAUACCACCGUACUGUUGUACGAAUGGAGGUUCCGGACCGAACUGCUUUGUACCGACGAGACCUCCUCCUCCUCCAACUAGCCCUGCACCAAGCUGCCCUAACGGUGGUGUGUUGCCUUUCUGUUGCACUAAUGGUGGCCAAGGACCGAACUGCGAUGUUCCGUCCCACACUCUGGAAGAAGAUGGCUACCAUUAUAAGCGGCCAAGCAAACCAUUCACAUUUUAG